GAAGCAGUCUUUUGUCCGGUCGUCCGCGCGCGAGAAUGGUGAACAAGAAUCACGACGUUGGUCAAAACAUUUCUCUAAGCGUUUUUGUCGAGGAGUUUCUUCUGGUCUUCUUCUGGUAGCCGUUCAUCUUCGCGUUCUCUUAUUCGGUUCUGAGGCUUGAACAAAAACUUCUGGCUAAUGUGUGGUCAGUGAACUUUUCGAUCGAUGAAGAUUGAAUAAAGAUGAUUGGUUAUUUUCGACUGUAACCUCAAGUGACGUGUUUGCGACCUUCAAUCGUGAAGCGUCUGGGUAAAUGUUUGUAAAAUUGUUUGCCGAGCGAAGUUUAAACAGGAGUGGCUUGUUAAUGGCUAUUCGAAAAGUGAUCGAUUGUGACACAAUAAAUAGUGUUGAGGUGAAAUUGUGUGUUACUAUAGUGUUGGUGAAUUUAAAUAAAACGACUGCAGUAAGAAAUAACGUCGUAUCGGAUUAGCACGCAGAUAAACUGUGAGACGUCAAUCAAUAGCAAGCUAUUAAAAUUGAACCCCCAAAACGGUUGUCCUAAAGUGGAACGUUGCUUGUAUUGUGUAAUCAUUUUGCAACGCGGCCGGUGGAUUAAUAGGCCAAGUUAGUGACGAUUCGCUGAGUUCGUUCCAAACAGUGCGACGUAUUUAAAGAAACCGCGUUUUGUUGGCUAUAGUUUGGCGAAAACAGUAACGACGUCAUAAUCUUUGUAAACCAUGUUCAACGCAGCAGAGAACAACAGUCCUCAAAAGCCCAACACUGCUGAUUUAAGGGAAACACAUCUAUUCGGAGAAGUCCCAGGAUUGGUGACUUCUGACAACAACGCCGUCAAUAGUUUGGCUGUCGCGGUUCCAUUGGCAUUUUCAAAAAGUUUGCGAUUAUCCUCUUCGGAAGAGGAUAACGAUAAAAGUUCGGGAAUCGGCAGUACUAUCAGCAGCAUCAUAAACAUCGAUGCAGAACAAAAUGGCAAAACAAACGGCGACUUGUUUGUGUCGAUUCGCAGCGACAUCGAGAAUACAUUCGGCGGAAAUCAACAGGACAGCCUUCAGACGGUAGUGAUUGACAUCGAGAACGAUGAAGGAAAUCACGACACCACAAUGAGUUACGCAGAUGUGGUACAACAACUUCACACGACCUUCGCAAGUGGAAAGACGCGAAAUGUGGAAUUCAGAGAGAAACAGCUUAAAAAUCUGUUGCGUAUGUACGAGGAAAACUCUGCUGAGAUGGUCAGAGUGCUAGCAGCUGAUUUGAGAAAGCACAAGCAGGAAGCUCACGUACUGGAAAUUGAUUUUCUCAUCAACGAUAUUCGUAAUACAAUUUACAACUUUCGAGAAUGGGUCAAACCGGAAAAACCGGAGAAAACCAUGGUCAACAUCAUGGACGGGGUGUACAUCUAUAAGGAUCCCUACGGAGUAGUUUUGGUCAUUGGUGCCUGGAACUAUCCGUUGCAGUUGACCUUGGUCCCCGUGGCAGCAGCUAUCGCGGCAGGAAAUUGUGUACUUAUUAAACCGAGCGAAGUGGCCGGAGCAACGUCCAAAUUUAUUGCUGAAACAAUCCCAAAGUAUCUGGACUCGGAGUGCUACAGGGUAGUAGAAGGCGGCGCCAAGGAAACUUCGGAGAUGUUGAAGCAAAAAUUCGAUUACGUUUUCUACACCGGUUCCGGUCGCGUGGGAAAAAUUGUGCAUCAGGCUUGCAAUGAAAAUCUAACGCCUUGUACGCUGGAACUGGGUGGCAAAAGUCCUUGCUAUAUCGAUAGUACGGCGGACAUUCCGAUCGCCACGAAACGGAUUCUAUGGGGCAAAUUCAUCAACGCCGGACAGACGUGUAUAGCACCAGAUUAUUUACUCUGUUCGAAGCAGGUACAGCAGCAAUUCCUGGCGGAAGCAAAGAAAAUUUUAGCGGAAUGGUACGGCAGCAAUCCGAAGGAUAGUCCCGAUUUGUGCCGUAUCAUCAACCAACAACAUUUCCAACGACUCAGUGCCAUGAUUAAGGGAGCCAAUGUUGCAAUUGGCGGGGAAACAGACUCACAGGAGAAAUACAUUGCUCCUACGAUUCUCGUCGACGUCAGUCCGAAUGACCCCGUGAUGCAGGAUGAAAUCUUUGGACCGAUUUUGCCGAUUAUCAACGUCGAAAAUGCCUACGAUGCCAUUCAUUUCAUCAACUCGAGAGCCAAAGCAUUGUCGAUGUACAUCUUCAGCAGCAAGCAAUCCGAUGUUACCGCAAUAAUCACUAACACUUCUUGUGGGGGAGUUUGUAUCAACGACACUUUGACGCACUUUUCAGUUGAAACAUUACCAUUUGGAGGCGUUGGAUCCAGUGGAAUGGGUGCGUACCACGGAAAGUACUCAUUCGACACAUUUACCCAUAGGAAGUCCUGCUUGGCGAAAGAUUUCAACGCAAUCGGCGAAAAGCUGGCCUCCUCUCGAUAUCCACCGUACUCGGAUACUAAGUUGACGUUCUUGACUACCCUGCUGAAGAAACGUCAGGGAUUCUCAACCAAAUUCCUGCCAUAUGUUCUAAUGUUUGGUAUUGGUGUUGCCACUACUCUAAUCGUCAGCUCCAUUGUUAAGGACGACGAUUAAGUGAACCUGCUCUCCUUAGCCAACAUACGGACUGGCACAACCACACAAAGAGACUGCAAACUAUGCAUUAGGAUCUGCAGAUUGUACAGUGAAAUCGAUAUUUCAGUGGAGCCUUUGUGAUAAACCCUCUUAAAAUAGCAAUUUUAAAACGGGUAUAGGUUUCAAUACUACUAUGAUUUUACACCAUCUUCACUAAAGAUUUUAGCCAACAUAAUUUUUAAGUUAAUACUUUGAUAAAAUAGUAGCGGCGUUACUUUUUUGACACGUAUUUCGUCAAAAUGCAUCUUUAAACUCACAUACCGGGCAGACUGUGCCUUUGGAAGGCCGCACCAAACAUAAUAGGUUGAACAUGGAUCAAAAUCGAAACGGGUUCGAUAAAUACAGCAUAACAAAAAAGUUAUAUUUUUAUUUAGUGUAUUGUAAUCUAUACAACUUUUGUUUACUUUAAUGCAAAUAAAAUAUUUGUUUCUUGAAUGUGAAA